CUGACUUUUGUGUGACUGAACUCGCGGCGCUGUGCUUGCUCUGUGCUCUGCACUCUGACUCGACGCUGCUGCGAGGACAGCCAGUGCCGAGAAGACGCGCGCGCAGCUGUAUAUAUAACGGGGCACCACUCCCCCCGAGGGGCCACACGCAACGACAACAAGCUCAGCUCGGCUCAGCAGCUAGCGACACUCGACACCCACGACCAUGCCUGCUCCCGGCGCCCCGCCCCCCUCGAGCCUGCCCAUCGCUCACUUGCAGAACAACACGGCCAAGUGGUGGUGGGCCGACCCUGGUCUCCGCAAGCUCGCGCUCGGCAUCGCGUGCGGCUUCGCAGUCACGGUCAACAAUGGCUACGACAUCUCCCUCAUGGGCGGGCUGAUGGCCAACCCGCGCUUCAUGAAGGACAUUGACUCGCCCGGCUCGAACAAGCUCGGCCUGAUCGUCGCCGCCAUCUCCCUCGGCAUGAUCCCCUCGCUGACGUUUGCCCCCGCCCUUGCCGACCGGCUGGGCAGGCGCAUCGCCAUGGCCGUGGGAUAUGUCAUCAUCAUCGUCGCGGUGCUUAUCCAGACGUUUGUCAUUGGUGGCUGGAGGAUGUUUGCCGGCCGCUUCGUCCUCGGCUUUGGCUCGUCGAUCGUGUUCGUCUCCUCCUCGCCAUAUGUCGCCGAGAUCGCCCACCCCCGGAACCGCUCCGAGACGGCCGCGUUGAUCAACUGCAACUUCUACGUUGGGUCCAUCAUCUCGGCGUGGGUCACGUUCGGCGCGCUUAACAUCAAGAGUAACUGGUCCUGGCGCCUGUGUACCCUCCUGCAGUUGCUCCCUCCCAUUUUCGUCCUCUGCCUCCUGCCGUUUGCACCCGACUCGCCGCGCUGGCUCGUGGGCAAGGGCCGCGUCGACGAGGCACACCGUAUGCUCGCAAAGUACCAUGCCAACGGGGACAUGGACGACGAGCUCGUCCUCUACGAGCUCGAGGAGAUCAAGGAGGCCAUCGCGUCUGAGAAGUUGCACCAGGCAAACUCAAAGUACUCUGCCUUCCUCAAGACGAGGGGCAACCGCCACCGUCUCUUCAUCAUCGUUAUGGUCGGCUUCCUCUCCCAGUGGGUCGGGAACGGCAUCAUCUCAUACUAUCUCGUCGACAUCCUCAAGUCUGUCGGCAUCACGUCGCCGACCCAGCAGACGGGCUACAACGGCGGCCUGCAGAUCUUCAACCUUUUCGCGGCCGUCUUUGGCUCCAUGAUGGUCGAGCGCGCCGGCCGCCGCAAGAUGUGGCUCAUCAGCGCGUGCGGCAUGCUCGUGUCGUACAUUAUCAUUACGGGCUGCUCGGCCGCCUACACGGAGAAGGGGAACAAGGGCGCCGGGUACGCUGUUUUGACCUUCUUAUUUGUCUACUUUGGCUUCUACGACAUUGCUUUCACCGGUCUCGCGAUUGCGUACCCAAUCGAGGUCCUCACCUUCUCUCUCCGCACAAAGGGUCUCGCCAUCUCCUUGUUCUCCGUCUCGUGUGCCCUCUUCUUCAACAUGUAUGUCAACCCCAUCGCCCUCGAGCACCUCGCGUGGCGUUACUACUUUGUCUACAUCGCAAUCCUCAUCCUCGCCAUCGUCGUCAUCUACUUCGGCUUCCCCGAGACCAAGGGCCGCCUGCUCGAGGAGGUCGCCGAGAUCUUUGACGGCCCCCAGGCGCACGUCUCGGGCGACCGCCACAACGAUGACCAGCCCAAGGAUUACAAAGAAGGCUCAGAGCACGUCGAGGACUCCAAAGUUUGA